UAAAAAUCUUAAACUAAAAAUUUAGAAAUUUUUAAAACUUCAAUUUUCCAAAUUACUAUUAUUCGGUACUUGUCAUUCCUAGUAACAUUCGCCAUUUCCCUAGUAAUGACUACAACAAAUAAAUUCCCUAUACUCCCUCUCGCUAUAUUGCCCGUUUCCUUAGAUCAGUGCCAUACUGACUGUACUCAACACGGUACCUAGACAAAAGGUACCUUCACCCUAUAAAAAACUCUAGAUCAAUUUCCCCAUUUGCCCUUCACUAAAAAUUUCCUACCAUACAACAUAAAAUAAAAAAGCGCUAUUUUAAUGUACGACAAAAAAGGGACUCGUUCCUCCCAAAAUCGGUUAACCCUUUUACCCGAGCGUUUAUCCGUCGCGAGACAAAGAUGGAAGAGCACUAUCGAAGAAAGAAAGGGAAAGAAAAAGCGGAGAAGGGAGGAGGCGAAAGAUAAGGAAAGAAACGAAGUCUCGCAGGCUCGUCGUGGCACUUUCACCUGCCGGGCCCUUAAGGGUUUCAAAGUAUACGCAGGAGUUAGAGCGGUGCUAGUUAGAGCAACAGAGAAGCUCACGCAGACGCUGGUUACACUCGCGUAAACAGCGGAAGUCGCAAGUGGCAACGUUAGUCCCGCGGCCGCGGCGAUAUUCCUUUAAUUUGACGAUAUCCGCUUUAACGGAAAGCCGGUUGAUACGUUCCCUUUAAUAUAUACAACAUAAAAAGUUUCACGACGAAUAAAGCGACCGGGAGUGGGAGAAUGGAAGCGAGCGAGCAAACGUGCGAAAGAGAGAAUGCGAUAGAGCGGGAGGGUGAGAAGAGGAGUCGUAGGUGGAGUGGACAGGACCGGUCAAUAGCAAAGCGGCCCGUCGUUCGAGAGACAAAGAGAGCCGCGGCACGAGCGAAAGCCGCGGCCGACGAGAGAGCGAGAGAACCCGAACCGAAAGAGAGAACGAGAGAGAAUGAAGGAGAUAGAGUAAAGAGGACAGCCAGUGGGAGAGACGAGGAGAAAGAUAGCCGAACGUGCAGAGACGAUGGCUCUGAGCUACCGGCCGCUUUCGUAUUGUCCACGCAUCCCUUCGAAUAAAUAGCGGCCGGAAUUUGCAGGUUCCUCGAAAAAAAAUCUUUUCUCUCUGAUUCGAUGGCGCCCGAUGCCCCCGCCAUUCUCAGAGAUAUGUUUCAUUUUUAGGGCGCCGCGAGAAAAUUGUUGGAAAAUGGCGGAACGUUUGCGGAUGGUCAAUUCCAUGGCGGUCGGCGAGGUCUCGUUUAUUUUUGCAUUUUAAGGCAUUGAAGAAAAGAAAAUGUUAAAAAAUAGGAAAAAGCGAGCGCUCGGGCACAGGGUGAGCCGAAGAGAGGGCGGCUCGAGGGAGGGAUCGGGGGAGUGGAAAAGAUGUGCACAAAAACGUACUGACGAACAUACAAUGAAGCAAAAAGAGGUAUCUAACCUACCAACGCGAAGUAGAAAUCUGUAGACCCGGGAAAGAGAAGAGUUGCGCUCGCAGGAUCGGGGUAUGACUAGCUCGGACCGACUAAAAGUUGAAAGAAGACGAGUUUCGUCGACGGAAUUCUUUAAAACACUUGUACAACCCACCUGCAUUGAUGCGCCAUGCGUCGUUUGUUGCUGGACGACAAUGACGCGAAACGUUCGCCGAAAGAAUUCCUACGUUUAUUCAUCAUUUUUCAAUUGUAUUCAGCGAAAACUUGUUUCUUCCGUGUAUCGUAAUGACACUUUAUUCCUAUCUACAGGCAGCUUCACCCAUGGUGCAAUGUCUUAUGGGGGAUAAGAAUAUAGAAUAAAAUGGCACCAGCGUAGGAUUAUGUGGAAGAAGUAGGGGAAGCCUCCACAAUAUUAAUUAUCAAAUUUAGGGGUUUGAACAUUUAAACUUCUGUAUUUUUUAUCUAUUCCAAAUUUAGAAU